AUGACAUUCAUCGUUGGAAAUUUGCACCUUUACAUAGUCUCUCUUGGUUCUUAUUUUUCACCCUUGCGCAGCCCUCCCUUCAACCCCCCCAGUCCUCCCUAUUUACAAAGAUUUUGUUCCUAUUUUGGAAAUGGAGUUCUUAAUCUCUCUGCACAUGUAAUUUUAAAAGAAAAUCCAUGUAGCAUUUCAUACAAUAUCCAUGCUAUAAUAAUUAUUAUAUAAAUAAGAAAUUUUUAAAAAGUGAUGUAUAAGAAAAUAAUUUAUAUUUAAAUACAUAAAUGCUCGAGUGUGGCACUCUCCAGAUUUAAGAAAGUAAUUAGAGGCUUAUAAGGCCUUAUAAUAAAUAUGGAUUUAGCAGAAGGGGGAAAAUGAGACACAGGAAGUACACAGCCACAUUCCUGAAUAAUUCAGGAGAAAAACUGGUGUUUAUCUGUGAAAUAGAGUUCGAUUCUAGGUUCAAUUUAUUAUAAGUUCAAAGUCCUAGGGGAUUUGGGAUAUUUGUUAGUGGUGUGGGACUGCCCCACCUGUCACUGGGUGGCUAGCAUCUCACCCUGGAAACCUAAAUGUUAGGACACCCUACACCCACCCCAGCCUUGUGGCAAUCAAAAAUGUUCCUACAAAUGUCCAAAUUAUCUCCUAGGGCACACCAAUGCUUUUAUUGAGGACAAAGCGCUGGUGCUUCAGCAGGGUACAUUGUGUACUUUUGUGAAAAGGCAGAGUACAAGACCUACCUCCACCUCCGUUUGUGCGUGCAGGCACGCGCUCCCCAUAUAUGAGCUAAUUGAUCCUGGGUCUCCAUAGCAGUAGGCUAUCUGAGAGGGUCUGUGAGUGUGCAGGUCUGUGCACAAGGGUAUGGGCACUAUCAGGUUUGCUCUGUCCAUGCACACCCAUCCUUACCCUGAGCUGGGCCCCAGCUGUGGCCGUCAGUUUGUGCUUAGGAACACAGACACGUACAGUCUCUUAGCUUUCCCAGCAACACCAGGGCUUUUGUUCAUUUGCUAUUAUUUGAGGUGGGAGAAGUUGUUUUGUUUUGUUGUUUGUGGGCUUUUUUGUGCUUUUGUUUUCAUAGAGACUCUGGGCUGCACAUUAUUCAUCUUCUCCAUCUUAGUGUGUCUCUGUCUUCAUCUCUAUCUCCAUCUUUGUUUCUGUUUUUGCCUGUCUCUCUCCAGCUCCUUCUCUCUGUCUCUCACUCCCCAGCAUUACCCUCAUCUCCUCCCUCUCCCAGUCUUCUAGAUCUUUCUAGUCUGAGUGUGUUUGUGUGUAUGAGCAAUUCAUAGCCUUCUCAAACCCAGUGUGCUUUUUAAACAUAUUUAUAACAGCUCUUUACUAUCUGGAAAUGGAGUUCCCUGUCCCUUUUUCUAUCUUUCUCUUUCUGUCCCUGUCUCUAUUCCUUUCCCUUCUCUGUUGUGUUAUGUCUUUUUUCUCACUCUUCUUUCCCCUUUUGUCUCUAUUUCUACCUCUUCGUCUCUCUUCUUUCUGUUUCUGUUUCUGUCUUUUCCCCUCCUCUCUCUCUCUCUCUCUCACACACACAAACACACACACACACACACACACACUUCUUUCCUUCUGUCACUGUCUGUGUGUCUCUCUGACUUUUUCUUACAUUCAGUCUUCUAUCCCUUUCCCCUUGCCUACCCUCAAAGCUAAAAAGUGUGUGUAUGCCUGUGUGUAUAUGCAUGCACGUUUACACAUAUGCCACUGAGAGCUGAAGGUGCCACCAGGCUUCAAGAAACUGAAAGAGGGCCCUCAGCCCCACUUUUCUCCUGCCUAGGACCUUCUCAUGCCAGUAGGCUACUGGCUCUGAGACUUCACAGUACCAUCAGCUCCAAGUGACUGUGCAGGCCAGGUUGGAUUGGCCUGCAAAACAGUGCAGAGGGGACCCUUUCGACUAGAAGAAUAAGGGCACGAAGACAUCUACUCAAGCUCUAGCCCAGCAAGCCCUGGCCUCCACAAUAAUCCUGAGCUUCUCCGGCUUCUGCCCAAGUAGCCUGGCUGCCUUCCUUCUGGGACCUGCCUUGUCACCUUAUCACAUCCCCGAACUCCCAGACUGCACACACCAAGACUUCUGUUUCCCCCAAGCUUUGCUGUGCUGCUCUCACUGCACUGCAGACACACUCCUCAGGCCUCUCUUUCAACAAAGUCUGCCUGAAGUCUCCAGGGAGCCUUUGUUACCUACCAGUGCAUUUAGUUCCUCAAUCAAUUAACUUGGGAUCUUUUCAUUGACAACCUACUACCUGCUCUGUCCUGCUCUUUUAGAGGAAAGUGAGUGAGUCUACAAUACCUGCCCUUAUGAAGCUUUCUUUCUAAUAACACAAGGCAGGCAAGAAUCAAAACUUUUAAAGUAAAUUAUAUAGAGUGUUAGAAGAGAGAAAUUCUAGAAAGAAAAAUGAGAGAAAGGGGCGUGGAGGUGCUAUGACUUUUCACCUAGACUAUUGCAGGAGCCUCCUGAUAGUCCCUCUACUUCUACCUUUGCCUGAUAUGAUCUCUUUUCACAGUAGCAAGUGGAAUCCUGUUCAGUUCUAAAUCAUAUAAUGUCUUGCCUCUCCUCAGAAUCCUCCCAAGACUCUCAUCUCAUUCCAAGUCAAAGUCUUCACUAUGGCCUCUGAGAUCUGUCCUUGCCACAUUUCGGACCUCACCUCUCAGCACUUGCCCCUUGCUCACUCUGUUUGCUCUCUGUGGCCUCCUUGCUCUUCUUCAGAUGUGCCAUGCAUAGUCCUACCUAAGGGGUUUUGCUCUGGCUGUUCCCCCUGCCUGGACUUGUCUUCUCCCAAAUAGCCACAUGACUCACUCUUUCACCUCCUUCAGGUUUCUGCUCAGAUACUAAUCCUCCAUGAAGUCUUCCCUGUCUACUGCAGUGAAAACUGCAACACCUUCCCCAUACCUAGCCCUCCCUAUCCCCUUUCCCACUUUUAUGUUUAUUCUAAGAGCUUGUCAUCAUCUGACAUACUAACUUCACCUAUGUCUCUUAUUAUCUAGAAUGUCAGCUUCACUAGGGCAGGAUCUUUAUCUAUCUGGCCCACAGAUGGAUUCUCAGUGCCUAGAACAAUACCUAGCACACAGUGGAUGCUCAAUAAAUAUUUUUUUCAGUGAACAAAUGAGCACAUACAAACAUACAUACAUCUUUAUACUCACAUAUACUCCCUAUCUCACUCAAAUAAAAACCAGCAUCCUAGUCAUGGCCCACAGUCUGGCUCUGGACACCUCUGACCUCACCUACCAUUGUCCUCCUUGCUCAUGCCAUUCCAGUAACACUAAUCUUCUCACUGUUCCUUGAAUAUGGGAAGCACAUUCCUGAUCAUGAAUUGAAAAAUCAAUUCAAGGAGUGGCUGCCAGAAUUUGGGUACAUUACACAUAGGAUCAGUGCUAUUUCUAAAAUUUUUGACUGAGGUAUGUGUGCGUGUGUGUGUGUGUGUGUGUGUGUGCAUAUGUGUACUGAGUUGUGAUGUAAAAUGUCUUAGGGAUUUGCAAAGGGGGAGAGGAGCUGCACCAACAUCCCCAGCCCAUGUAAUUCACCAACGGAGGAAAUAGGUAACCAAAGACAUCCAGAGAGAUGAAGCAUCCAUACUCAGCAAGGAGGAAGUAGGAUCAAGAAUAGACCAGGCUCAGGGUCUGACCCUAGCUGGGGAGUCAGUGGGAGGGGCUAUAGACACAAUAACCCCACCCUUUCUCUUUCUUACUCACUUUCCUUUCCAUUUGUUUCUCAUUGUCUGUUAAUGCUCUCUGUCUCUCAUCACUCUCUUAAUCUUGCUCAUCCUGUCCAUUUGUAUUAUUUUCUGUCCAUUACAUCUUUGUUGCCAUUUUUCUGUCUUUUUUUCCCACUCUGUCUCUGCCUGUCUGUGUUUAUUUUUCUCUUUGUCUCUCUCUCCUGCCCUCAUCUCUCUGUCUCUCUGUGUCUGUAUUUUUCCCCUUGUCCACAUUUGCAGGUACAGCCCAGCAGGACAACUGAUGGAGUCCCUCAGGACCCAUCGAGUACCAGACUGGCUCACCCUGUAGGGUUGGGAGUAGUCCUUACCCCUCAGUAUGGCCAACACCACCGGAGAGCCAGAGGAGCCUUCAUGCUCUUCUGCAUCAGCGUCACCCGCUACAUGGCCAUCGCACACCACCGCUUCUACACCAAGCGCAUGACACUCUGGACAUGCGCAGCUGUUAUCUGCAUGGCCUGGACCCUGUCUGUGGCCAUGGCCUUCCCACCUGUCUUUGAUGUGGGCACCUACAAGUUUAUCCGGGAGGAGGACCAGUGCAUCUUUGAGCAUCGAUACUUCAAGGCCAAUGACACUCUGGGCUUCAUGCUUAUGUUGGCUGUGCUCAUGGUAGCCACACAUGCUGUCUAUGGCAAGCUGCUCCUCUUUGAGUACCGUCACCGCAAGAUGAAGCCAGUGCAGAUGGUGCCAGCCAUCAGCCAGAACUGGACAUUCCAUGGUCCUGGGGCUACCGGCCAGGCUGCUGCCAACUGGAUCGCUGGCUUUGGCCGCGGGCCCAUGCCACCAACCCUGCUGGGUAUCCGGCAGAAUGGGCACACGGGCAGCCGGAGGCUGCUGGGCAUGGAUGAGGUCAAGGGUGAAAAGCAGCUGGGCCGCAUGUUCUACGCAAUCACACUGCUCUUCCUGCUCCUCUGGUCACCGUACAUUGUGGCCUGUUACUGGCGAGUGUUUGUGAAAGCCUGUGCUGUGCCCCACCGCUACUUGGCCACCGCUGUUUGGAUGAGCUUCGCCCAGGCUGCUGUCAACCCCAUCGUCUGCUUCCUGCUCAACAAGGACCUCAAGAAGUGCCUGAGGACUCAUACCCCCUGCUGGGGCACAGGAGGUGCCCCAGCUCCCAGAGAACCCUACUGUGUCAUGUGAAGCAGGCGGUAGGCAGAUAAGCAGGGAAAUGGUCACAGCCUCCAUGAUGGGGCCAAAAGCAAGGGAAGGGUGGGGCCCCAUACAGAAGCCUUUUUUUCUGAGCUCCAGCCUCAGCUUUCAAACCAACUGUAAUCUAGGGACUUUUGUCAACACCUCCCCAGGCUGGGGGACUGCAUAGAAAACUGGGAAAGAGGCAUUUCUAGUUUUGUGGGGCCUGUCUCCACAGCCUCCUUCUCCACUUCUACACUCUCGUAUUCUCUCUCCCUUCCUCCCCACUUCCUCCCUUCCCCCUCCUCUCUCAAAUGACUUCAGAAAAAAAACCCUCAAAAUGCAAGUUUUUCUACUAACUUCUGAGGAGACAGGCUUUCCUUGAUUUAUGUCUCUCCUUCUCAGUUUGUCCAGAGGAGGAAGUUUGUCCUGUAAAAUAGACUGCCAUAGGUCUUAUUGCUCCCUCUGCUCCCAGGCCCCUUCCCUUUCCAAGUCCUUUAAGCAAAGCCUGGAUGGAUGUUUAAGGAUAAAUUGAUUCUGCUGAAAACAGGGACAAAAGAGAGGACUGGGUCCCUCCCCACCAUGUCCAGGCCUUCCAAGUGUUUCUUGAGGAUCCAUUUGAGAAGCCAAGAGGGUAGGGAGAAGGCCCCCCAGUAUGGGCCCAGGCUAGGUGAAGAGCAGGAUGUGAGCUGAACUGCUCAAGCUAAAGAGACCAAUCUUGUCUACAUUCUCUCACACUGCCUCCUGAACCCCCAGCUGCUACCUCUCCUUCUUGAGGAUGGAAAUCCACUCCAGCCCUACUUGGGCUGAUGUGGGUGUUCUGCAGGCAGGAGAUACCCUGCAAGGAAGUGUAAGGAGGAAGCUGAACCCCAGAGCCUGGGAUCAGAGCUAAAUUCAAUCCAAGAAUUGUCUCCUGGGUUCACACUGAUUUUCUGAAGAUUAAAAUUCUUUUGGGGCCUUGAUAACUGAUCAUGGUACAGAUUCCAAGGCACUGUGGACUUGAGUCCAUUCCUAUCUGACCUCUUUUUGUCCCCCUCAAACCUCAGGGGCCUCAAGCCCUUCCUUGAUAGCCCAUGGCCUCCUAGGCUCUCAAUCCCCAACACCCUUCCUCCCUCUAACCUUACCUGCACUCAAAGUGGAACAGAUUGCAGCCAGAUUCCCGAGGUGAAAGGUCCCAGGCCUCCCUUCCAGGGGCAGAAUCUGCUCUAGUCUUACUUCAAGGCCAGUUCUGAGGAUGGGUGAGCCAAGCUGACACUCUUUUUGCCUGGAUUUGCCCAGGCUCUCUGCCCCUUUCUCAUUUCUUCCGGGAACAGGACUUAUCUGUAUUUACCUACAUCCCCCUUUCUCUUCCUUGUAGAAGCCCCUGUCCUAAGAUCCCUCCCUGACCCAAGACAGCUCCCUAACUGGGGAAGCCUUGACCCAAAGGGAUUGAGGAGGGCACUCUAGGCAGGAGAGAAUUAAGGAGCCUGGCUGUGGAGUGGCCCUGAAAAGGCAGGCCAGAGUGGCUGAGAGGCCAGGGUUGGGGUAUAUGUUCUCUCAGUGAUAGUGAUGGGGGUGCCUUUCUGAGGGGAUAGGGUGGG